AUGUGGUUUCUAAAACGAGGCUGGCGGCUACAGUUAUUACAGUUCAUCGCUGUACUGGGAUCACUAUGGAUGCUUUCCCUACUUAUUCCACUGAAAACAGGUAGACGUCCUGCCUACAUCCUCAGGUAUCAAUGGCUAGAGUACACCAAUAAUGAUGAGAGCCCAGAGAAAGUUUGCAACUGCUCAGCGAUCCUGCAGGGAGAGAAGGAGGCAUUGCUGAAAGCAAAAUUACUGACCAUCACCAAAGACUUCCAGAAGAUUAUUCAGAUCCCUGAUGAGUAUUAUAUUAAUGCAACCCAAAACUGCAGGAAAUUCCAAACAAGCAGGAAAUACAUAACAUUCCCGUUAAGCAAGGAAGAAGAGGAGUUUCCUCUGGCUUACUCAAUGGUUGUACAUCACAAGGUGCAGAACUUUGAGCGACUACUGCGAGCUAUCUACGCACCUCAAAAUAUUUAUUGUGUCCAUGUGGACAAAAAAGCACAGGCCUCAGUCUAUGCUGCCAUCAAGGCCAUUACUUCCUGUUUCCCAAAUGUGUUCAUGGUCAGCAAGACUGUGAAUGUGGUCUACGCUGGCUGGACACGUGUACAGGCUGAUCUUAACUGCAUGGCUGAUCUCUAUAACACCAGUACGACAUGGAAAUACUUCAUCAACCUCUGUGGUCAGGAUUUCCCUCUAAAAACUAACUUGGAAAUUGUGCAAGCUUUGCGUUCACUAAAAGGAGGUAACAGUUUGGAGUCUGAGGAAAUGCCUCAAGGAAAGAAGAAGAGGGUGAUGAAUGCUUACCAAGUAGUUGAUGGAAAUGUCCAGCGAACAGGAAAAACAAAGGAUCCAGCUCCCUUCAAUCUGCCCAUACUAUCAGGAAAUGCCUACAUUGUGGUCAACCGAGGUUACGUUCGCAGUGUGUUGGAAGACAAGCGAAUACAGGCCCUCAUUGAGUGGGCCAAAGACACCUACAGUCCUGAUGAGUUUCUGUGGGCAACAAUACAACGAAUACCUGGUGUUCCUGGCUCAAAAUGGCCCAACCGUAAAUUUGACAUGACAGACAUCAAUGCCAUUGCACGGAUGGUGAAGUGGCAUUGGCACGAGGGGUCAGAGGAUUCUCUGCAAGCAGCAUACCCAGAAUGUAAAGGUCAUCAUGUCAGAUCAAUAUGUGUGUAUGGUGCUGGAGACCUGCAGUGGUUGAUUGAACAGCAUCACCUUUUUGCCAAUAAGUUUGAUGCAGACAGAGAUCCCAUUGCUAUCUACUGCUUGGAGAAAUAUCUGAGACACAAGGCACUGAUAGAGUUAGUUUAG